AUGUCUGGAGGGGGAGCAGGGCUUUACGGAGAUGGGGCAGCCGGAAACUUUUCAAUUUUAAGAGCAGCUUUGAGUUUUGCAAAAGGAGGAAAUGGGGGAGAUUGUCCGGUGUCAAAUGGUGGCUUUGGAGGGGGUAGUUUUGCUAUGAAACUUGGAGGGGGAGGGGGCGGAUAUUCCGGUGGAGGAGUUAUGGGAACCCAAAAUAAGGGUACCGCUGGAGGAGGGGGGUCAUAUAAUAACGGUGCAAAUCAGCAAAACAUGGCGGGUGUUAAUAAAGGUGAUGGUAAAGUUAUAAUAAGCUUGAAACCUUACGUAUAAAGUGUUUAACUAAACCAAGAGAGAAUGAUAGCUCAUUCCGUCUCUCUUGACUAAACUGAAUAAGCGGUGAAUUUGAAAGAGACUAAAGUAAAGAAUUUUUUCUUGAAACUAUAGCCGGACGUUGUUACAACUAUUACCUGAUUAAUAAUCCCCUCAGUUGCUUUGCAUCGCCCCACAGUCCGUGAGCGCUUACCAUAUAUUUGUACGGAAAUUUCGGUGAAAAAUUUCCGUCAAAUGGUACUGGUAUUUUUUUUGGACCGAAAACAGGAACGGGAUUCCAUUUACAAAAUAACGGUAAACUUUUCACUUUCUUUCGACAUGAAGCCUGGCACUGGUAAUCCAAACAAUGGUAGGAAAAUUUCGGUCGUUUCGGUAGGAACGGGUAAAAGGUAAUACCGCGAAAGGUAUGAACCGUUCCAUUUGAAUUCUCCCCGGAAUUUCCGGGUUUUCCAUACACAUGGUAAGUGCUCCGUAUAUAAGGAUUCUUGAUUCCACGUUGUGGAGGCCGGAUCCCAGGUGGUACGGCUAGGAAGAACAAUUGCCUUCCAUCAAGUAUUUUUUCAGCAGGGUAGGCUAGCUUUGGGCAAAUGAUGUAUCGGUGCCCAGAAAGGUCACCUCAGGGCUCCCGGAAUUGAUUUUUUUUGUACAGUGCCCAGGCCUCAUUUUCCUGGCAGCGCGUUGAUCUGGCCCGGCUACUUCGGCGAGCAUAUUCUCGGUCUGUUUGGAUUAUAUCCUUCGAGUUUGUCAAAGUCUGUGGGAUUCGUUUCUCCAUCUGGGAAAGCUUCAUUGGUUUCUAUAUCUGCUGCUAUCCUAUUUCUACGAUCCUGGCAUGUUCAUUUUCCGUUGGAGUUCGAAUUUCGUGGAAAAAGUUGUGUUGAAUGAGAGCAUGUCGGCGAAAAUGGCAUCUCGUGUUUCCUACCUUGUAUAUUAUUAUUGUAUACAGAGUGAAUUUGAACAAAUUACUGCAAAUUAUCACGGAACUUCGUUGGAGCAAUAAGGACAACAACAAUUAACUGCAGAGUAAGUUUCAUUGAUCUUUAUUUAGUAUUUCCUAGAAAUUUUAGGAUGGUAUUUUUACCCUAUACAAACACUGUAAUUUUACUGGAACCGUACUGUGGUACUAUCACAGAGCCUGGGUUAACUGUGGCCAAUCAAUAAUGUUUACUGCAAUUUAUAACAAAUAGAAGGAAAUGUAAGUGAGUUGAAGUAAUCGCGAUGAAGGUUGAUGAACAAUACCACACGGAAUAGAAGAAUUGCACUUUCUUGGUAUGUUCGUGAAGAGAGCUCUCCAGGUAACAGCUGAUAACAUGGAAGAUAGCCUGCGUAACAAGCGUUUCCAAACGAAAUAAGAAGGCACCUAUAGCUGGCAAUUUGUAUCAGAAGACACAUUCCAUGCUUGUUGGGAUUUAAAAAGCUGUCAUAAAACACACAAAUAAGUCAACAACGUGCUUGACUCACAAAGUCAAAGAUUAAACUACAAUUUUAACUAGAGCAUUAAAAAACCGCAUCUUUAAAAACUGAUCCUUAGAGCAACAGUGUUACGAUUUGUCGAUUUUCAGAGAAAGAAAUAAAAAGGAAGGCGAUGCGCGAGGGAAAAUGUCUGAUGUGAGGGGGAAGGGGAUCUUAUAACCGAGUGGGUUGGGCUGGGUCUGUAACCGGAAUUAUAUAAUAUAUACAUUCAGUCAUGUUUUAAAUUUUAAAAUUUUACUUAAACCGGUAAAUAAAUGCAGUGAAACAAAUACGAUGGGAUAGCUUUGCUUUGCUUUAUCACUCCCUGAUUCCGGCACAAGCUGGCGUAGUAAAUGCAACUAUUGAACACGGCAGCGAAUAUAAUUUAGCCACGUGGCCUUUUGAGUGAGUGGCAAGCUGAACCUGUCUAGUCCUGUUUUGUUUUCUUUCUUCCUUCUUUAAAUUUUGGAGUAUAGACUUUUGCGUUAUUACGAGCAGAGUAAUUUCAUCAAGGAAUGUUUUUCUAUUGCUUUAGCGUAAGGUAAAUUGAAUUUAGUUCUGAGGAACAGCCAAAAAAAUAUUUAGUAGGAGUACAGAUCCACAGAUCAAUUUUGACAGCUUUUUAACAUCCAACAGGGUACUUCUAAGUUUUAAUUCCGAAGCAACACGUUUAUUUUUUGCUUCUUUCAUGAACAGAUGACUAUGAACAAAUAUACCUUGUUAACGUUAGUAAUUACAACAACUGAUAAUAGUCCGCCUUAAGUUGAAAAACUUGGUAAAAGCAUAUGAGAUGCCAUUAUUGCUGCUAUUGAAAUACAACAAUACGUAAUUAGCUGACUGUAUAAAAGACAUGAGGUGUUAAAUUUAACUGACAUUUUGUGCAAUCGUUUGUUAAUGGGCUAUUGCAUUUAAUAUCCGCAGCCCCCCCCCCCCCUCCCCCGGUUGAGGAACCACGGAAUUCUCCAGGGGUAAGUUAUAAAAAUUGAGGAUUUCUUCAGGGGUAGAGAAAAAAAAUAUGGAAUUCAUUGGGGGUGAGGUUUCAAUUUUUACGAAAUUCUUCAGGGCUAAAGCCAUAUUCUUCAGGGGUAAGCCCAUAUUUUAUGGAAGUCUUCGGGGGUAAAUGCAAUUUUAGCCAAUCUUCAGGGGUAAGAAGAAAGGGCAAGUCCUCAACCGGGGGGGGGAGGUACGGAUAUUAAAUGCAAUAGCCCAAUAUCAAUCAGUUAUUUUCACUGACAUCUGAUAAGAAAAAUGUUUUCUCGGCUCGUAUAAAUUUAAAAGCAGUAGUCAUUAUUCGCCUCGCAUGAGCCAAAUGCGUGCACUUACUAUUUCUUAUUAGAUCAAGACACAAGUCCCACGGGAUUAUAGCAUAGCCAGAAUAUUUGCCUAAUCAAAUUCAGUAUUGCGAGCGUGCUUCAUAGCCAUUGAGCACGCUGAUGACGUCAAUAGGCGAAUCUUUGUUUACAUUUUCUGCCUCAUUAACAUAUGCUCUUCAUUAUCUGAUGAAGCUAAUAAAAAAAACCCUUAAUAUUGAAAGAGCAUAACAAUUUCAGUAAUCUCUGAAAAUUUGAGCCCAAUAUACUUGGGAAGUUUGGAGAGCACUCAAGAGGCUAGACUUACUCUCGGCUGCGACUUGAGCAACUCUUACGCCUCUUUCGUGCUCUCCAAACUUCCCGCGUGCCCAAUAUCUCGACAUACGCACGUUGACACAUGCACAAAUUGUUAAAUAAUGCACACAGCCAAAAUUUGCUUCACAUUCAAUUUGCUUUGCAAGCAACACUUUCAGUUUUAAACGGCAGCAAUUAUCAGCAGCUGCUAGACGUUUAGGAAAAAAAAGUUCCCGUAUACGUAUUGUAGCGAAAGUUUUGCUUUCCUAUCAGGACAGCUUCUAUUGAACGAAGGAUCUUAGGAAGAUCAGCAUUCUAAAUGUCUUCUUUCCGGUAAGUCAUAAUAUAACCCUUUUUUGUUAUCAAAAUAUAGUUUCAGUUACAAAUAUAUUCUUAAGUCUUACAUGAAGUUGUUGUAAAAGUGAAAAGAACACAUAUUUCACCCAACGGUGCCGCAAAGUCAGUGUUUCGUUUCCUAUCGCCAUCUCUUUCGUCCAGCAAUAAACAGAUCGGUCGUUGGCUCGGAACUGAAAAUAAGGUCAUAACUAUAGGCCCGAGAUCGUGCUGUUCAAACUGUUAAACUAAUUCGUCCCUAUCUGGCCCUUUGUGAAAAGCCAUUGUUGCAAACACGCUAGUGGCUAGAGGGUUGAAAACUCGAUGGAUUUUACAUGUAAGAGAAAAGGCGAGGUGCAGAGUCCCAUGUGAGAACCGUUUUAUCCGAAAAAAUGUCCAAGGUUUAUUUAGGGAAAAGUUAACAUUAAAUGCUGUAAAUCAUCAUUGAAAGGGAAAACCGUCGUAGCAAACUUAGCUCUAUUUGUCAGUUCGAUGAUGGGAUAUUGUCCCCCCUUUUGAAUUUAUUAAAGGAUGAAAUUUUUAUCUUUUUUUUUUCAUUUUCCAAAAAUAUAGGUCUGUAAGGCGAUAUGAAUUCGAAGUAAGCGAAACGUAUGAGCAUGGUCAAAUGAUAUGCGACAAUCUCGAAAGAACCCUUUAGAUUCGAGGACAAGGACGAGCAUGACUAAGAGUAAAAGAUUUGACUUAAAGUUAUUUUCGCGCUUAUUCUCAAAAAAUAGACACCCCGAAAGCUUCAAUUUACUUUGUCACCAGAAAGGUUAUCGUGGUUAUUUUUAUUGUGGGAGGUUAAGCCCUCUCCCGAUUGCAAAUUGAUAAAACGUCUUACAUUUCUUUUCUUGUUUCUGUUAGUAAAACGACGGCUAUUGCGUUUUCCAGACAAAAUGACGCUAGUUUAUGCGCCCGCAUCGCGCACCACUCCGAUUGUUUUCGGUUUUUUUCCUACUUGUUUUUGAAAAUUGAAAUCAACACUUAAUAUAUUUUUAUAGGGAAUUCUUGAUCGGAGUGCUGCUCUUUGCUUUAACAACUUUCAUCGCCCCUGUUGGGUUGCUACUGAUAAGGACGGACAUGCGUCGCUCGUCUACUGUAAGCACAACAGAGGAUCACGUGCUGAAAGGGCACACCAUUCACAAACAACAUACUUAUGACUUCCUGUCAUGCGCACAGCUAUGUUUGGCACAUCAAAGCUGCAUGUCGUUUAAUUACCAAAGCGUCGAAAAUGGAGUUUGCGAGUUGAACAGAGAAGUUUCACCUGCAAGCAUUUCAGUGGCAAUCACCUCUAAAAGGGGGUAUACUUUUGGACACUUUGUUAACAUAAGUGUGAGUAUAAUAUAUUCAUUCACUGUACUGUUUACUUAACGUUCUUUGGGCCAUCCCCCCUUUUUUUCGUUUAGUGUCGAAUGCGUUUUCUGAUAUUGGGUCGGUCGGUCGGAUUAAAAAAAAAAAAAACCUAAAAAAAACCCAAGAAGUCUCGGAAUAGAAGGCCCUGGUACCCCAGGACGUCAUUAAAAGUUAACAUUCAUAUAUUUGGAUUAACAAAAUGCACAAUAUACUGUAAGAAAUGUUCCUGAUUUUGUUCCUGUUGUUCUCUGUGCUGUUAGUAUGCCCAUUUUUCAGAUUAAAAGAAUUAUUUCAAGAGAAAAAUGGUUUAACUAUGUCGUUACUUUUUUUUUCUUGAAAAUGCCAAAAAUUUGGGUCGGUCCGACGACGCCAAACGGAGAAAAAAGAGAGAAUGGCCUUAGUCAGCCAGACUCAGUUAAAAUAAGCUUUAUUAGUAUAGGCAAUAGCAUGAUUUGUAGUAAUACUUGGCAUAAGUACCACGAGUGAUGUUGCAAAAUUGUUAUUCGUAAUUUCACGAGCCGUAAGGCGAAUGAAAUUUGAGACAAUUUUGAAAUAUCACUCCUGGUAUUUAUGCUAAAUAUCAGGUACAAAUCAUGCUAUCAAUUUGUUUACACUACUACCCGCAAAAGGUUUGUAAUUUUCACCAGUAGGUAUUUAACAAUUAAUGAAUUCGGCUUUCGCAUCUUAUGAAGAAUUAUGGAGAUCGAGGAGGGUGUUAUCUGCCGAGGCCGUAGGAUAACACCCUCCGAAAUAAUUCCUAGUUUAAAAACAUAGCUAAAACGUGCUUACCUCCAUCGAUGUUAAGUUCAUCUUCUAUAGUGCACGUUUUGGGUUGUUCAGCUCCGCAAAUAUUCUCCAAUAGCAGAUGUCACCCUUCGAGUUGUCUUCUUGCUGUUCUUUCCAUGUUUUUAUCUAUUAUUUCGCCUAGCUCUUACUCUUGACACGAGUGACAUGUCCGCCAUUUUUGUUUUCACAACCAACACAACUCAACCUCGUCCCCAGGUCUUCUCGGUUAACGGUACAUUGACCUGCAAGGAAGCUGCACUUUUAACGUCAUCGGUUGAUUAAUCGCAAAAAUCUUCCAAAUUUGGUCAUCAGUAGGCGGUUAUGGUGAAUUAUGCGUGUGCUUUUAGCCAUUCAGAAAGGGAGAAAUAUUUUGAAUGAAUAAUAAUUCUAAUUAAGCUGAAAUACCACUGCUCUAAGCCAAUCAAAUUGCUGAAAUUUCUCAUGUAGUAGUAUAAACAAAGAAAUAAAUAAAGAACUCUAUUAAAACACAUCAAACUGUUCAUCAUAUCUUUCAUAUGUCAAACCUGACUGUGCAGCAUCUCAUUUAUAUGUCACUUUGCUAGUCAGCAAUAUAACUUAAAAUAGGCACACCCAAUUAACUAAAUCGCCCUACCUUACAACUUAACCUCAACAUCUUGGUGGUGUUUAACGAAAGAAAUGAAUAAGAAAAAUGAUCUUAAUGCCUCGAUUUUAUUCAGAACGUAUGCAAACGUUUCGCUUUUUGGACUUAUUGGUUUAUGCCCCAUAUCCUCCCUCUCCCCUCCCAGCUCAACACCCACCUGAAAAAAAGAAACCUAAAUUGCUCUUCCACGCAAGUAAAGAAAAGAUAGUACAUUGCAAGCCUGCCUUUUUAAAAGGAUAUUACUGUAAUAUAUCAUCCUAUCUAUAUCUACAUUCUUUCACAAGCAAAUCAAGUCGAAAUUUAUAUUCAUAGCUGAGGCACAUGCAUGCAGAUCGGGUGUGGAGCUUGAGCUAGGAGCCCUGGGAUUUAUUCCAAGAAAACCAAGAGAGAAAAAUUCCUCAGGAGUAUCAAUUUUUGUGCGAAAAGUUAAAAGGGUGGCAACGAAAAAUACGUGCAAAAAAUGAUAAAGCACAAGGGCCUAGCUUAGGCAAAUUCACAAAUCAAAGCAUAAAUCCUCUAUAAAUGCUACAAGGUCUCGUCGCGUAGGCUAUCUGAAAACUUUUAAAGGAAUAGAGCAGUAUACAAGUGAGAAAAUAACAACUACAGAUUUAGCAGUUUACUUCUAACGCUGGACAUUUCUUUAGUCUACAAAUUGACCUGAACUACCUUAUUCAUUUUAGGGGCCUGAUAUUUCAGCCGGCGGAGGACGAAAUGGUGAGUUGACAGACAGGCAGAUGAUGGUUUACUUGGUCCCGGUUAGGUAGGGGGGAAGGGGGAAGGGGGCUGGUCCCGGUUGUUUAGUAGUAAUAGAUUGACCACUUUUAACUCUUCCUUUGUCCUAGACGUUUGAGAGGGUGCGACAAACGGCGAAAAAUAUAACUGACUACCGACAAAACGAAAAAAAAUUACCGACUACCGACAGAAAAAAAUAUUAACCGACAACCGACAACCGACAUGGUCCGACAUUGUAGGAACGUUUUUACUCAGAAAUAAAUCGUAUGUUUUAUUUUCCCUUUUUUUAUCAAAAGUAUGCGUGAAGGUAAAUCACUUUAAAUCCCUAUUUCGUUACUUGCAGAAUUUCCUGUCAUCAACUUACUUGUGUAAAAUAGUUAUAAAAUCGCCUAGGUUCGAUUUUGGCUUGUUUCCUGGCCUGUACAGAGCUCUGCCUAUUUCGUGCCAGCAGCUCAAGCUCAUUUGAGACCGUUCAUAGGGUGCGCCUUUGUUUCUCUUCAUUUUCGCAUUUUCGGAGAAAAUCCAGGAAAGUGCGCGCUUAUUUCCCGGGAACAGAAUUCAGUGACUAAAAAUAACUUAACAAAAAUCCGACUCAUCUCAAAGAUUAGACUAGGCGUUUCCUCUUCGACCACUUAUUUCUCUUGAUUACUUCGCUGGUCUGUGAAGCGGGAAGAACUGGUUAAAGACUGCUCAAAGUGGUGCAAACGAUCGCACAGCUUAAGCAAACCAGACUUUAGAUAAGCUUCUUUUAAAAUCAAAUGAUUAAUCUACGCGAAAUGAAGAAGUUUUACUCUUAUACAGAGUUUAAAGUGUGUGAAUUAAGUAACGAUUAUUAAUAAUUAACUUGUUUUUUAAUCAUUAACCGAGAUUUACCGACACCCGUCAAAGGUCGAAAAUUUUAACCGACAACCGAUAUGUGGUCCCCCAUUCAGAUCCUCGUUUUAGUGAUUGUUCACCUUUUCUCUAACUACUUCAGACCAUAAAUAUGCCUUUACGACACUGGGUGCAAGAGGAGAAACUGGACCGAGUCAUAUAUCUGGAUAUGCAGGAACGUCCCUGGAAGGAAAAGUUACUUUAAACAACGGAAUCCAAAUUUGGACUGUGCCCGUGACUGGAACUUACGUUAUUGAAGCAUCAGGUGGUUCUGGCGGAAAUGGUACCGACGGAACACAAUCUUAUCCGCUUCCUUGGAGGCUUGGUGGCUUAGGCGCAAAGAUAUCAGGAUCCUUCAAACUUUCACGAGGAACUCAAAUCAAAAUCUUAGUCGGACAGGAGGGUGGUACAUCUAUAAACUUCGCAGAUAGACCAGGGGGAGGGGGUGGUGGAACGUUUGUAACCCUGUCUGAUAGCACUCCACUUAUAAUUGCCGGUGGGGGAGGAGGUGGAGGGGCAACACGUAACCAAUUUACCGACGGUGACCCCGGUCAGGCGACAGCGAAUGGGACCCGGUGUGGAGGAACAGGGGGCCACGGAGGACAAGUCUGCAAUGCUGACACGGGGAAAAGUGAUUCUACAUUAACAUCUGGAGCAGGAGCAGGACUAAGAGGGGAUGGGAAAGGCGGUUUAACCAUAUGCGCAAACAGGGCGUUGAGUUUUACCAAAGGGGGAACUGGGGGAACAUGUAUAGCUUCCUCUGGCGGUUUUGGCGGCGGUGGGUUUGCUGUGGUUAAUGGAGGGGGAGGGGGAGGUUAUUCCGGUGGGGGAGUAAUGGGAACUUCAAUUAAAGGUACCGCUGGGGGAGGGGGAUCAUAUAAUGCUGGUACAAAUCAGCAGAACAUAGCGGGUGUCAAUAAAGGCGAUGGUAAAGUUAUGAUAACUUUGAGGCGUUAAUAUUAUUUACGUUCCUCGUCAGAGUUCCAACCCAAAGAAAAUGGGGCUAGCUUAUUGUUCAAGUAGAUCAAAGAACUUAUGUUAGGAAGGUAAGACAGGAAUUAGAGUUGGAAAACUUCAAUAAUUCUCAUAAGUGUCACUUAAUCUUCCUGUACUUUAAUGAAGAAAAAUAUAUGUUACUUUCAACCUAUUCUUCGUCUAAAACUAUUAAUUGUAAUUUUAUCAACCCUUUGGUGAAAUAUAGUCUAACAACUUGCGCAUCAUGUUUCACAAUACGAUGAGUUCUAUGGUCAUUAACGCCUGUAUUAUUACUGUCCGUUACGUCACGCAUUUCAUUCCCGGGAUUUCACUAUUCAUAGUUUGCCUAGACAAAAAAAUUGACGAUGGCUUCACAUUUCUCCUGUUUGCCAGAUAUAAGCUCUGGUUCCUCGUGUUCCAAGAUCCGCAAGAUGUAAACCUAGAGGAGCAGGAUUAAGAGGAGAUGGGAAAGCGAUAGUGGAAUUGUAACAAGAUCGUUGAGUUUCCAACGGGGGAACUGGGGGAACAUGUCCGGCUUCCCCUGGCUGUUUUGGCGGGGGUGUGGCUACCAUGGUACUUGGAGGGGGGGGGGGGGCGGUUUUUCCGGGGGGGGGGGCAGAACAUAGCGUGUGUUGAUAAAGGCGGUGGUAAAGUUACAAUGAAACAUUAAACUUAAAAAAAGACUCUUCCUCAGUAGCAAGGUAGUCUCUCAUUGAUGUAAAUAUACGUAGCCCUUUUUUAGCAUCAUAUCCAUUGUAUCUCUAUGCACCAGUAGACUGUAUCUGCAAAACCGAAACAAAAACUGCUUUACCCUUCAUGUUCGUAGCUUUAGCAAGGCUUAAUUUAAAUAAACAAACCAAAAAUGCCAUUCUGGACUCAUUACCUAGAAGGCAUGCUUUUACCCUUUCCCCCCUAACGUUAAUCAAGGUGGUGCGAUUUCAAGUACAUUCAUGAAUCUCAUUAAAUCUGGUUUUGUAGAUCAGUUUUAAGCACACGUAGUGACUAAAUGUAAAACAAAUCUCAGAGAAAUGAAUAAAGUAGUAAGUUUCUAAAGAAAGUCUGUGAGGCAUUUUCUGAACAUAAUGAAUCAUAAUAGCGGAAAUUUGUUGGCGGGAAAAGAUAAAACAGAUGGAAAAACCAGUGCUUCUCUACUCUUAGUAGUCUAUUACUGUGGAAUUGUAUGAUGAGUUUUUCGGUACAAAAUCAAAGUAAAUUUAUUUAUCUCAUCACAAUUCUUAUUAUCAAAAGUAACAGACGAAGCGAGGCGGUAAUGGUUAAAAAAAAGAUGAGAAUCCUGCAUGGUUAGAAUUCUAAAGCGUGGUAUCCCUAUCUGCUCCGAAAAGUCAAUAUUCCGCUGAACAAAAUUCUUUCGAAUACGGUCUUGUCGUACUUGUAACCCAAAUUAGCCCGUGCACAGCCGCCCCCUCCUCUAGAAACUCCCCGACUUUUUUUAGCGAAGGAGGCGUCUGUACACAGGCUGAACACACUGAAAUAAACUAGGCGCAAAUAAAACUUAAAUAUCAUGAGAAAGGAAAGGUGAUAGCUUUUAUCAGCCCAUGUUUUAACCUUAACAAAAUUCUUUUGAAAAAUCUGCUGUCUCUAAGGCUCAUAGAGAGGUUGAACUCCCCAAACCCGUUCUCUUGCCAGACACAACAAAAACAUGUCUGUCGAUUUUUGAGUAGAAAUCAAAUCUGUUGACAUCAGAAAAUUAGAGAGGAUGUUGCAAAGUUCAGUGGAGGUUCGGAGGAGAACGGAGUGUCGAAAGAAAUUGACGGUGGCUUCAAAUUGUUCCUGUGUGAAAGAUAAAAGCUCUAUUUCCCUCAUGACUGAAGUUUAUAAACCUUGCAAAGGCGCGCGCGGAAUUGUUCGUUGGAGAGACUUCCACAUGAAAGAUGCUCUUCGCUUAGGACCUGCGUAAAUUGCAGACUUUGCUACUUAUUAGGGUGUUAAGGACAGAAAAAUAAUUUUGUUUUACUAGACUGGUCUCCUUCAGGGUUAGAAUUUUAAUUUCCUAACCAGCAUUCCUGUUGCUUUCAUACGGGUGUCACCUUCGCGGGAAUUGUUUUGAUUCUAACAGAUCCUACAUUGUUUUGUAGUUUAGCGUGUUCGAUUUUCAAUUUCAGUCAGGGAUUUGUCACUCUAAAAGAGGCUGAAAUGAAUCUAUAAAUCAAUCGAUUUGGAACCAUCAAAUGUUGUACACACUAGUCGAGGGAGAGGGGGUAGAAAAAACAAUAGAAAUGCAAUCCCCUCCCCCCCCCGCAAGUUUUUAUUGUAAUUCUUAAUUUUUCCUUUGGCUUUGUUUAUUGCUCUGUUCACGGUUGCCGGGGAAAUUUGGAAAAUCUCCCAAUUAACUAAAGUUAAAAAAUUCUGACUCAAUAUAGCAAAGCUAACUGUUGACUCUCUUGUUUUGUUGUCGUCGUGGUUCUUUCUUUGUAAGGUGGGGUUUUCGGUACGAAAAGAUUGACAUGCACCAGUGAAAACGUAACUUGCCCAUCCGAGAGGAUAAUACCAAAAAUAUCAAACGAAACAGAUAUGUAACGUUCAUCGCCGGAGUAAAAAAAAAAAAUAAAAAAAUAAAAGAACAAGUCAUUUCGAGAAUACGUGCCCUAAACUAGAGUCUUCAAAUCCUUUCAUGACCAAACAAAAUUCUUUCAUGAAAGGUUUCGUUCCUUAGCUUCGUGAAGGAUGUAAAGCCCUUGUAACCACAAAAAGCUAAGCGCAAAUACAGCACAACUAAAAUUUUAUACAAAAAUACAGAAUCUCAGUAAUUCUUAUCUAUACUUGUUCUGCUCUGAAAAAAAUUAUUUUAAGGAAAAUGUUGUCUCUUAGCCUCAUAAACUUCUUGCAGCUCCAGUAAGAUAGAUAAAGCUUAUCUUCCUCCAUCCCGGCAAAAACAAUGAAUGUCAGCUUGAUAUGCAAACAGAAAUCAAUCUGUUGAUAUUAGAAAAUGAGCCGAGAGGGUUGCCGAGAGGGUCGAAAGAGAGCUUCAGCGUCAUUAUUUCUCAUUCAGGGCUGUUAGGGAGCACAAGUCCUUUGCUUCGUAUCAUCAGAAUCCGCGUAAACAAAUGAACCACCCCAAAUCACAACUAAGGUAAGGUAAUCUACAUACUGCAUACUUGUUUAAUGUGGACAUCUAAGGUACAGCACCAAGUGAUAUAAUAAUAAGGCGACACGUUAAAUAGAAGAUUGCGUGAUGUUGUUAAAUUUGAUUUCGAUCCAAUGCAACGUCUUCAAAAGAGGGGGCUAUAUUGAGCCCCUUAUUAUUUUUUGGCACAUUCAUCACUGUGAUAUCGAUGGAAUGCAAGACACAGCAUUUCCUGAGUCUUUCCUGGGUUUUAAGUCAUACGCCAGUCAUGGUAGCAGCAACUAUUCAUUCAUUAUGAUCACAUUGCGCUGAUCUCAGAGAAAAGAGCACGAACCCACUGAUCUGGUCUUUGGAAGGUCACAAGUUUGAAUUUUGUCAGGGACUUGAGAUUUUGUGCAACGCUAUUGACAAGAGUAAAAUUUUCCAUUUCCUUCAUUUACUACUAACCUGUACGCUCUUGACAAUGCUGAUCCUAGAAGCAUACAGAACGCUUGUUAAACAUAUGAAAUGAGUUUGCUCUUCACGAGUCUGGCUUCAGUCUCUCCGUAGCUCGUAAGAAUGAGCCGCGGAAAGAGAGCCAGCCGGUACUUGGAAGAUAUUAGGUUUGAAUCCUGUUGGAGACUCCCAAGACUUCUUCUUUGUCCUUCACUCAUGACAUGAGGAAAACUACAUGACUCCCACAGACUUUCUUCAAAAUGUUCACAGUACAUUAUGUUGUUACUGGCUCGUAGAAACUUGUUAAAGUGCUUAUGUGCUCUGGAUUUUGCCCCUGAUUCGCUCAGAUAAAACCGACUUGAUAUUGUGGCUUAAUUUGCAACAACUUUGAUGUCUUCUACAAAAAUACAAUUAUAAAGGAAAUUUAUCUUUAUUCUGCAGUUUACAAUAGCUUUAGAAUUGUUUCUUUGUUGUCUUGACUUAAAUUUGAAAUCUGACUUACUUUUCGAAUAUCUUUUUUGACAGGGUAUACACGAUGGAAGUACUUUUCAUCUUGAUUUGCAUUACCCUUCCUGUUAGUCUUUUACUGAUAAGGGAAGACAUGCGCCGUUCAUCUACUGUAAGUACCAAGGAUAAUCACGUGCUCAGAGGAUACACCAUUCACAAACAGCGGACUUAUGACCUCCUGUCAUGCGCACAAUUAUGUUUGGCACGGUCAAACUGCAUGUCUUUUAAUUACGAAAACAUCGAAAGUGGAGAUUGUGAACUAAAUAAAGAAGCAACUGAUGCGAGUAUCCACGGAGCUCUCACCACUCAAAGGGGGUAUACCUUUGCACAGUUUGUCAACUUAAGCGUGAGUAGUACUUAAAGCUAUUAUUAAAUUCAACCCUCGUUUGGGGAUUUCUGUUAUGAUUCCCUCCAACCCCCACCCCCCCCCCCCAAAUAACUUAAAUUAAAUAAAUGAUCCCUUACGUAAAACACAUAGACUGAUUGAAUGCGUUUUGCUUGUUUUCCGGCUUUCCUGGGCAGAGACCUGUCUGGUGGGGAUGAGCAAGAAUACAGCCUGCUAGCAAGCUAUGCUCCUUCCUACGCAGCGUUCUUUCAAUCUUUAUCUCCAUUAGUCCAACAAACUUACUUUGACAAAUGUAGGCAAACUCUCCUGGAGUUGAAUUCCUAAGAACAAUAUUCAUGUUAAGAAGGGGAAAGAAAAUUUGGUCGCCGUUUGUUUAAUACGUCCUCCAUAAAACGUGAAAUUUGGCCCAUUUUAACGUCGUAAUCGUGCGAUGGCGGCAAAGAAAUGAAAAGCGUGAUGCACGUGCAGAGUUGUCAGGGGCGGAUCCAGGAUUUUUUUUAGGAGGGGGUGCACUCGUCUCUUGCUCUACUUCAACACCAAUAAACCACAUAGUUUUUUUUUUUUUUUGCAGAAUACCAGUUGUAUUAGAAAACUGCAGGUCAUCUCAGGGGGGGUGCGCACCCCCUGCACCCUCCCCCUAGAUCCGCCCCUGGUUGUUGGUUUGCUUAUUAAACCUAUUCCUUAACGGUCGUUUCCGUUCUCGUUGCCGUCACCGUCGUCAGAUCUUAAGUCCCCAAGGGAAGUAAUGUUCAGAAGAGAAAUAACACAAAAUUGAGCUGCAUUUCAUAUCCUUUUUAGGAGCCAGUAUUUUCAGCCGGAGGAAAACAUGAUGGUAAGAUAAGAGCAACGCAGGUGUUAAUUUACUGAGUUUGCUUCAGGUCUGAGAAGAUUUGACCACCAGCCUAGUUAUUUAAUUUAUAACAUUUUUCUUUUCAGACCAUAAAUAUGUCUUUACGACACUGGGCGCCAAAAAAGAAACUGGACCGAGUGAUAUAUCUGGAUAUGUAGGAACGUCCCUGGAAGGAAAAGUUACUUUAAACAACGGAAUCCAAAUUUGGACUGUGCCCAUGACUGGAACUUACGUUAUUGAAGCAUCAGGUGGUUCUGGCGGAAAUGGUUCGGACGGAACACAAUCUUAUCCGCUUCCUUGGACGCUUGGUGGCUUAGGCGCAAAGAUAAUAGGAUCUUUCAAGCUUUCCCGAGGAACUCAAAUCAAAAUCCUAGUCGGACAGGAGGGUGGUGCAACUGUAAGCUUCCCUGAUAGACCAGGGGGAGGGGGUGGUGGAACGUUUGUAACCCUGUCUGAUAACACUCCACUUAUAAUUGCCGGAGGGGGAGGGGGAGGAGCAACAGCACGUAACCAAUAUACCGACGGUGACCCAGGUCAGGCGACAGCGAGUGGGACUCAAUGUGGAGGAACACGGGGCAGUGGGGGACAAGUCUGCAAUGCUGACACAGGGAACAGUGAUUCUAAUUUAAGGUCUGGAGCAGGAGCAGGACUAAGUGGGGAUGGGAAAGGCGGUGUUGCAUUUGCAACAAAGGCGUUGAGUUUUACCAACGGGGGAACUGGGGGAACAUGUCCAGUUUCCCAUGGUGGUUUUGGCGGAGGUGGGUUUGCUAUGGUUAAUGGAGGGGGAGGGGGAGGUUAUUCUGGUGGGGGAGUGGUGGGAACUCAAACUAAAGGAACCGCUGGGGGAGGCGGAUCAUAUAAUAACGGUACAGAUCAGAAGAACAUGGAGGGGGUCAACAAAGGCGAUGGUGAAGUUAUAAUAACUUUGAUGCGUUAGUGCCAUUUACGUUCCUCGUCAGAGUUCCAUCCAAUAGAAAGUGGGCUAGCUUAAUGUUUAAGUAAAUAAAAGAACUAAUGUUAAGGGGGCAAGACACAGGAAUUUUUUUUAUAAAGCCGAAAAAGUUCAAUACCGCACAUAAGUGUCACUUAAUCGUCCUCUACUUUAAUUGCAAAAUAUAUUACUUAAAACCAUUCGUCUAAAAAUGUGGUACUUUUUAUCAACCCUUGCAGGUUAAAAAAAAUGAGAUAUACUUUAACAUCUAGAGCAUCAUGUUGCACAAAACGACGAGUUUUAUGGUAAUUAAUGUCUGUAUUAUUACUGACCGCGAGUUACGCAUUUCAUUCCCGGGAUUUCAUUAUUCAUAGUUUGUCUACACAAAGAAAUUGAUGAUGGCUUCGCAUUUCUCCUGUUUGCCAGAUAUAAGCUCUGGUUCCCCGUGUUCCAAGAUGUAAGCCUAGCAAAGAAAAAUCCAUAUAGACUAUUAGGAUCACCAACAGCCAAACCUCCCGUAAGCGACCAUCCAAAAUGCGAACAUCUAGUGGUCGCUUGCGAGAAUCGAACCACAAGGAAUUCCUUCCUAGAAAAGGACCGAACACAUUUACAUUUUUGGAAAUAAUUCACUGCAUGUAAUCACUAAGUUAUGGUAUGUGUAGUUUCAUGAUGUCACCAAAAGCACUCAUUUCGCGCACUGUUUCGCCCAUAUCGCGUCACUUCUCUGUGACGGCCUUUCAAAUUUGCCGCCGGCUUUAGGACAAAGUUCCUGUAUAUGUCGCAUCAAUCUGGGCGAUGCAUCGCAUUUUCUUAGUAGUGAGGUACAUACAACGAACAUAGAGAUCAAGCUAUGCCUUACGUGGUCGCUCUUACUCGCCUGCUUUAUGCUCGUACGGAAACGCUUCUUGUGCAUUCUAGACCAAGUAAGUCGCUUACGAGAAUCGAACUUCAGGGUUUCCCCUCAUAGACGAGGUUCGAAUACGUAAGAGAAUUCGUUGUAUGCGACUUCUAAGUAACGAUAUGUGUAGUUUCAUGUUGUCACAACAAGUUCUUCGCACACCCUGAGUAUUGUACUGCAUACAGCAAACAUAGACAUCAAACCAUGGCUCAAGUGGUCGUUUACAGGUGGAUAAAAACAAUGAAAUAUUUUUAGGUCGUCAUCCAAAAAGGCUGGAGCGAUCGCUUACGAGAGGUGGUAGUUUACGAGAGGCUGCAACGGUAGUGAUUUCACUGGAAAAAGUUUGGUGUUUUGGAUCUAAGAGGUCGCUAUGGGAGGUGGUCGCUGAGAAUAACCUUAGGUUAACAACACCUUUAAGAUGAAUUUAUGGUUACCGCCUGUAAUUAGCUAUUUCUGUUGUUUGGCGAAUUGAUAGGUUAUUUACUCUGUUCACGUCUUUUUGAUUUUUUUCAGACCAUAAAUAUGUCUUUACGACACUGGGCGCCAGACGAGAAACUGGACCGACUGAUAUAUCUGAAUAUGCAGGAACGUCACUGGAAUCCAAAUUUGGACUGUGCCCGUGA